CCUUGGGCAAAUUAAAAGUCAUCUUAGCUACGUUCCCAAAGAUGGAAGAAGGAACAAAAAAGUUUAUACUACCGUGAAUCCCUAUUUGAUUCCGCCAGAUUUUUUUAAUAAGAAUGCACGGAGAGCUCCCUGCUCCCCUAAAAAUAAAUUGUUCCGAUCUCGGUUAGAGUUUUCCAUUUCUACAAAUCGGAAACGCCUAAAUUCUCCCCUUCUCUGUCGGUUAGACAUUCUGUCCGCUGUUCAAAUCUCCAUCAUGUGUAGCCGUGGAAAAACUGUAGCCAGCGAACUGCCGGGAGAGGUAAAGGAGAGGAUUUUGGAGCGGAUGCCCACUCGAGAUGCCGCCAGAUGUGCUCUGCUUUCGACUCAGUGGAGGGAUGCUUGGUACCGCCAAGGCCGGCUCCUCUUUGACCGGGACUUCUUCCGCUCCCUCGAAAACAUGAGCAAAGCUGGGAAUGAAGACGGCUUGUCUGUGGUGAGCACAAUAAACCAGAUUCUCAUGCUCCGAGUUGGACCCGUGAAGAAAUUCACGUUUCACUAUUCUUUCUCUUCGAAGCCCCGGCUGAAGCAGUCUGAUUUGGAUAGUUGGUGUCUUUUUCUGUCAAGAAACGGCGUUGAGGAACUUCACCUCUCUGCUGGUUAUUCUGCACCACCAGAAUAUUUUAAGGUACCAUCCUGUCUACUCUCAUGCAAGACCAUCAAGCAACUGGAACUUGAUCAUUUCCAUUUUUACUUGCCGGAAAAUGGUGCAUGUAUAUUCCCCGGGCUGACUUCGUCAGCUUUCACAUGGGUUGAGUUCUGGGGUAAUAAUAAGGGACUGGUCUUUAGCAUGCCCAAGCUCGAGAAGCUGGCUUUCUGCCUGUGUUUUGGUACUCCUAAGUUUGUCGCCAGCGCUCCCAACCUUCAAAGCUUGUCCAUACAGGAUUGUGGAGGUAGUGCCGGAAGCAGAUUCAUCAGGCUAAAUUUGAGCUCUAUUAAGACCCUCAGUCUCAAUUCGAGUUGGGUGAGAACUUCUUUCUCGCAUACUGUACUAUCCGCGGAUUCUCAAACUUGCAAGUAUUUAGCUAUGAAUUAGACUUGGGUACACACUUUCUGUACACAUUCU